UACGCCUUUUAAGUUCUGACAUUUCCGAGUGGACCUGAAGGCAACGAGGAAGUUUCGUCGACCAAUGAGAGUGUCCAACAGAAUCCCAGCGGUUGCUAGGUAACGUUUGUUUGGUGUAACUUUAGUUGACACAACAUUUGUUCGAUAAAAGUAGACAUACGUUAAAAAUUUACAGUAAAAAGAGAUGACAAAUACAUCUGAAACACAGGCUGUGCCGCAGCUUGAACUGGAGUCUGUAAUUGGGUUCAGCGGUCAUGUGAUUUCUGGCUUGAGAGUCCAUCCCGACAGAGAGUACCUGAUCUAUCCUCUGGGCAGCGCUGUCAUCCUGAAGAGAAUCAAAGAUGGCAAGCAGGAGUUCCUGCAUGGACACACCAACAAUGUGUCCUGUAUUUCAGUGUCCAAAGGUGGAGUGUACAUUGCCUCUGGACAGGUCAACUUCAUGGGCUUUAAGGCUACGGUUAUCAUCUGGGACUAUGCCAAACGAACAAUAUAUGCCCAGGUGUUGCUCCACCAGGCUAAAGUAGAGGCACUGGCAUUCUCUCCCAACGACAAGUACCUGGUGUCCCUCGGAGGUCAGGACGAUGGCAGUAUAAUAGUAUGGAAUAUUGAGACCAAGAAGGCUGUCUGUGGGAGUCCAGCCUCAGCGCACAGCGCCGGGCACUGCCUCACUGUGCAGUACUCAAACACCAAUGACAAUAUUUUUGUUUCUGCUGGGAGUGGUACAUUGAGAGUCUGGGAGCUGGACCUCCCCAACAGGAAGAUCAGACCCACAGAGUGUCAGACAGGCAAGCUGAAGAGGAUUGUGAAAUGUAUAGAGAUCUCAGAGGAUGAUAAAUUCAUUUUCUGUGGCACCACCAGUGGAGACAUAAUGAAAGUCAACCUGAAGACAGGACUUCUGAGUGAAUGUGGUCCAGCUAAAAUGAAAUACAGCCUGGGUGUCAAUGUCCUCAGGGUGCUGAAGUCUGGAGACCUUCUUGUAGGCUCUGGAUCUGGCACAUUCACUCUCUGUUCCAGCACUAACUUCAAAACUCUCAAGAAAGUAGAGCUGGAUAAGGCGGUGACCUCCAUCGCUAUAAGAGGAGAGGGCCAGCAGUUCUUUGUUGGAACCAGCGCUGCUCAAAUGUUCCGCUUCAGUUAUGAUGAAUUCAAAGCUGAGCUCAUUUCCACAGGCCACAACAGUGCUGUAAAGGACGUAGCCAUAUGUUUUGGAACAUCGGAACUGUUUGGAACCUGCUCUGAGGAGGACAUCAGGUUGUGGCACAUAGACAAGCCCAAAGAGCUGCUGCGCAUCACUGUGCCCAACAUGACCUGCAACUCCCUGGACUUCAUGGCUGACGGACACAGCAUCAUCAGUGCAUGGAACGACGGCAAGAUUCGUGUGUUUGCGCCAGAAAGUGGCCGGCUCAUGCUCACCAUUGACAACGCACACAGAAUGGGGGUGACAGCAAUUGCUGGCACCAAGGACUGCAAGAGGAUCGUCAGUGGGGGGGGAUCGGGGCAGGUCCGUGUCUGGGAGCUGCAGCCACCCGGCCAUCGGCUGCUGGAGACCAUGAAAGAGCACAAAGCCACCGUCACUUGUAUCAAAAUCAAAAGUGACGAUAAAGAGUGUGUGACUGCCAGCUCUGAUGGUGCCUGCAUCAUCUGGGACUUAGUGCGGUUCGCGAGUAUUCAGAUGGUUAUUGCCAGCACAAUGUUCCGGACAGUGUGUUACCACCCCGAGGAAUACCAGCUCAUUACCAGUGGCACUGACAGAAAGCCUUAA